AUGACCGCCGCUUCAAAUCGGGACGGAGGAGCACCGGGAGUUGAGAGGAGAGCGGAAUGCGCAUGCAGGAGAGGGGACGGAAUACGGAUUUUUGCUCUGAUGAAGGCGGGAGUGCAGGCGCACCGCUGGAGCCGGCUGCUCUUCUUGUACAUGGGGCUACUGACCGCCUCGGCGAAGGCUCAAAACUGCAGCUACACACUAAACAGUCCCAAUGGGACGAUAGAGAGCCCCGGCUACCCGUACGGUUAUCCUAACUACGCCAACUGUACGUGGGUGAUCGUGGCGGCGGAGCACAACCGGAUACAGCUGGUGUUUCAAGGCUUCGCCCUGGAGGAGGACUUUGACCUCUUGUCUGUAUAUGAUGGGCCGUCCAGCCCGGGGAACCUGAGAACACGGUUAACGGGGUUCCAGCUGCCUUCACCCAUUGUGAGCACGGGCGCCAGGCUCACACUGUGGCUCCUCUCUGACUACGCAGUCAGCGGGCAGGGAUUUAAAGCCGUCUAUGAAGCUUUGCCCAGCUACACAUGUGGUAAUCCUGGACAGCUAUUCAACGGCCACCAGCAGGGGUCCACGUUCAACAUCGGGGACAAAAUCCGCUACAGCUGCAGCCCGGGCUACGUGCUGGAAGGUCACACCACCCUCUCCUGCCUUGCCACCUCAGCCGGUACUGCUGCCUGGGAUUUCCCCCUCCCCUACUGCAGAGCGGAUGAUGGGUGCGGAGGCACGCUGCGAGGCCAGAGCGGCGUGAUCACCACUCCCAAUUAUCCCACCGUGUACAGCAACAACGCCGACUGUACCUGGACGGUGCUGGCGGAGCCGGGAGACACCAUCGCCCUGGUGUUCUCCGACUUCCAGCUGGAGGACGAUUACGACCUGCUGGAGGUCAGCGGCACAGACGGCUCCUCGCAGUGGUUCACCGGCCCCAACCUUCCCUCACCCAUCAUCAGCAGCAAGAACUGGCUCAGGCUGCACUUCACCUCCGACGGCAACCACAAGCUGAGAGGGUUCAGCGCCCAGUACCAAGUGAAGAAGAUGACUGAACUGAAGUCGCGAGGGGUAAAGAUGCUGCCCAGCAAAGACAACCACCACAAGAUAUCAGUGUUGUCGCAGAUGGGUGUCGCCCAAGGACACAACAUGUGUCCAGACCCGGGGAUCCCAGAUCGAGGGAAAAGAAAAGGCUCAGACUUCAGGCGGGGAGCCACGGUGCAUUUCUCCUGCGAUGAGGGUUACGAACUCCAGGGCUCGAAGAGCAUCAGCUGUCUCCGAGUGACGGACAGCUACGUAGGCUGGAGUGACGAUCGGCCCAUAUGCAGAGCGCCAAUGUGUGGAGGUCAGCUGAGAGGACCCGGCGGUGUCAUCACAUCUCCCAACUACCCGGUCCAGUAUGACAACAACGCCAACUGCACGUGGGUCAUCGCUGCCGCAGACCCAUCUAAGGUGAUCAAGCUGACAUUUGAGGAUUUUGACCUGGAGCGGGGCUACGACACGCUGACGGUGGGAGACGGCGAGGUGAUCGGAGACCAGAAGACCGUCUUCCACGUUCUGUCUGGCACCACCACUCCAGACCUGGUGGUCAGCACCAGUCACCAGAUGUGGCUCAACUUCAAAACAGACGACACAAGCGGCUCCCUCGGCUUCAAGGUCUCCUUCGAAGAGAUCGACCAGGGCAGCUGCGGAGAUCCCGGCAUCCCGGCGUAUGGCAAACGGGAGGGGGCGGGUUUCCGUCACGGGGACCGGCUGUACUUCGAGUGUCUUCCUGCCUUCGAGCUGGUCGGCAAGAAGAACAUCACCUGUCAGAAGAACAACCAGUGGUCGGCGAAGAAACCCAGCUGUGUUUUUUCCUGUUUCUUCAACUUCACCACUCCAUCCGGGGUGCUGCUGUCCCCCAACUACCCUCAGGAGUACGGCAACAACAUGCACUGUGUGUGGCUGAUCAUCUCCAACCCCGAGAGCCGGAUCAAUCUGGCCUUCAACGAUCUCAGCAUGGAGAAACAGUUUGACUUCCUCUCGAUCAAGGAUGGAGGAAAGGCUGAGUCUCCGAUCCUCGGUACGUACUCCGGUGACGUCCUUCCUCCUCCCAUAACAACCAGUGCCCAUGUGGCUCGUCUGGAGUUCCUGACUGACCACACCUACACAGACCGAGGCUUCAACAUCACGUUCACGACGUUUCGCCACAACGAGUGUCCAGACCCCGGUGUCCCGGUUAACGGGAAGCGCUUCGGUGAGAGCCUUCAGCUGGGCAGCUCCAUCUCCUUCCUGUGCGAGGAGGGCUUCGUGAAGACCCACGGCUCUCAAACCAUCUCCUGCAUUCUCAAGGAUGGCAACGUGGUGUGGGAUAACGCUGUUCCCCGCUGUGAAGCCCCAUGUGGAGGAGAACUGAAGGCUCCCAGUGGGAUCAUCCUCUCCCCCGGCUGGCCAGAACUCUACAAGGAGGCCCUUAACUGUGAAUGGAUCAUCGAGGCUCCUCCAGGCUACCCCAUUAAGAUCAUCUUCGACAAGUUCCGCACGGAGGUCAACUACGACGUGCUGGAGGUGCGUGACGGGCGAUUCCCCUCGUCGCCUAUGAUCGGCAGUUACCAAGGCACCCAGGUUCCCCAGUUCCUCAUCAGCACCUCCAACUUCGUGUUUCUCCUCUUCUCCACUGACAAGAGCCACUCGGACAUCGGCUUCCGUAUUCGCUAUGAAACCCUACAGCUGCAGUCGGAUCACUGCGUGGAUCCCGGCAUACCUGUCAACGGACAGCGCCACGGCAACGACUUCUACGUGGGCGCCUUGGUGACAUUCAGCUGCGAGUUCGGGUACACGCUCAGCGACACCGAGCCUUUGGAGUGCGAACCCAAUUUUCAGUGGAGCCGCCCCCUGCCUAGCUGCGAUGCCUUGUGCGGAGGUUACAUCCAGGGCAACGUCGGCACCAUCCUGUCGCCUGGCUUUCCAGACUUCUACCCGCACAACCUGAACUGCACGUGGAUAAUCGAGACCUCCCAUGGCAAAGGUGUCCAGUUCCACUUCCACACGUUUCACCUCGAGAGCCCUCACGACCAUUUGCUGGUGACGGAGAACAGCAGCUUCUCUCAGCCCCUGUGGAGGCUGACGGGCUCCACGCUGCCCUCGCCCCUCAGCGCCGGCCUGUUCGGAAACUACACGGCCCAGAUCCGCUUUCUUUCCGACUUCUCCGUCUCCUACGAGGGAUUCAACAUCACCUUCUCCGAGUACGAUUUGGAGCCGUGUGAGGAUCCUGGAAUCCCACCGUACAGCACCAGGAAGGGCCUGCAGUACGGCGUGGGCGAUGCCCUCAUCUUCUCCUGUUUCCCAGGUUACCGUCUGGAGGGUCCGGCGAGGGUGGUGUGCUUAGGGGGCAGGAGGCGGGUGUGGAGCUCCCCUCUGCCAAGGUGUGUUGCUGAAUGCGGCUCAUCCGUGACGGGCAUGCAAGGGGUGCUUCUCUCACCCAACUACCCCGGCUACUAUGGCAACAAUCACGAGUGCAUCUACUCCAUCCAAACGCAGCCCGGCAAAGGCAUCCAGCUCCGGGCACGGGACUUCAGACUGGAGGAGGAUGACAUGCUCAAAGUCUUUGACGGCAGCAGUAGCAACGCUCGUCUGCUGGGGCUGUUUACAGGCAGCGAGAUGCUCGACACGACCCUGAACUCCACCUCCAGCUCCAUGUGGCUGGAGUUCAUCAGCAACGCAGAUAACACCAGUAAAGGCUUUGAGCUGCACUUCACUAGUUUUGAGCUGGUGAAGUGUGAGGACCCAGGUGUCCCCCAGUUUGGCUACAAGAAGGAGGACAAAGGUCAUUUUGCAGGGAGCUCCGUGUCGUACACCUGUGACCCGGGCUACACUCUGAAAGGCCCCGAGGCGCUCACCUGCCUGAGGGGGGAGAGGAGGGCAUGGAACAGCCCCCUCCCCAUCUGCUUUGCGGAGUGCGGGGGCACCAUCAAGGAUGAGCCUUCCGGUCGUAUCCUGUCUCCGGGCUAUCCAGCUCCCUAUGAGCACAACCUGCACUGUAUGUGGAGCAUCGAGGCCGCCCCUGGAAGCACUAUAAGUCUGCACUUCCUGGUCUUCCACACGGAGGAGGUCCACGACGUGCUCCGGAUCUGGGACGGGCCCCAGGACGGAGGGGUCCUGCUGAGGGAGCUCAGCGGUUCGAUGGUGCCGCCCGACGCUCACAGCACCUUCAACACCGUCAGCCUGCAGUUCACCACAGACUUCUUCACCAGCAAGCAGGGCUUCGCUCUGCAGUUCUCUGUCUCCACCGCCACCUCCUGCAAUGACCCGGGCAUGCCCACUAACGGCACCCGCAGCGGGGACAGCAGGGAGCCCGGGGACCACGUGGCGUUCCAGUGUGAUCCCGGCUACAUCCUGCAGGGGGCCAACAGGAUCACAUGCACGGAGAUUAACGGCCGCUUCUUCUGGCAGCCGGACCCUCCCACCUGCACAGCUCCGUGUGGUGGGAAUCUGACCGGACCUAGCGGACUCAUCCUGUCUCCAGACUACCCUGAACCUUACCCACACGGGAGGGAGUGCGACUGGACAGUCACUGUCACAGAGGACUAUGUCAUCGCUCUGAGCUUCAACCAGUUCAGCUUGGAGCCCAGUUAUGACUUCCUGCAUAUCUAUGACGGGCCGGACUCCCUCAGCCCUUUACUGGGUAGCUUCUAUGGCACGGACGUUCCUGAGCGCAUCGAGAGCAGCUCCAACACGCUCUUCUUGGCUUUCCGCAGCGACGCCUCCUUAAGCAGCAAUGGAUUUGUGCUGCAGUACACAGAGAACCCCAGGGAGUCGUGCUUCGAGCCCGGCGUGGUGCGCAAUGGAACGCGGGCGGGCGCCGACCUCAAGCUGGGCUCCACCGUCACCUACCACUGCGACAGCGGCUACACGCUGGAGGGAGACCCGACCCUCACCUGCAUCAUGGGAGGAGACGGCAAGCCCAGCUGGAACAAGCCCAAGCCCAUCUGCAUUGCUCCGUGCGGAGGACAGUACUCGGGUUUGGAGGGAGUGGUCCUGUCUCCCGGUUACCCUGGCAACUACAGCAACUCACGGACCUGCCUGUACUCUGUGGUUGUGCCCAAGGAUUACGUGGUCUUCAGCCAGUUCACCUUUUUCCAGACAGCUCUGAAUGACAUCGUGGAGGUUUAUGAUGGGGCGACGCAGCACUCCCGUGUCCUCAGCUCCCUGUCUGGGGCACACACAGGCGAAUCUUUGCCAUUAGCAACCUCCAAUCAAAUCCUGAUCUGCUUCACCGCCAAAGGCCAGUCCACCUCCAGAGGAUUUCACUUGGUGUACCAGGCUGUGCCACGGACCAGUGCCACCCAGUGCAGCUCAGUCCCUGAGCCUCGGAAUGGCCGCCGCAUGGGUAACAACUUCGCUGCCGGCGCCGCCAUCCGCUUUGAGUGCACUCCAGGUUAUAUGCUGGAGGGAUCGGGCGCCAUCGAAUGUUUAACUGUUCCCAAUGCCUUGGCACAGUGGAACAGCUCCAUACCCAGCUGCAUAGUUCCCUGUGGUGGAAAUCUAACCCACCGAACCGGGACGAUCUUAUCUCCUGGUUUUCCUGAGCCGUACCUCAACAGCCUGAACUGUGUGUGGAAGAUCACUGUUCCCGAAGGAUCAGGAAUCCAGAUCCAGGUAAUCAGCUUUGUCACCGAGCAGAACUGGGAUUCACUGGAGGUGUUUGACGGAGGAGACAACACUGACACCAUGCUUGGCAGCUUCUCAGGCACCACGGUUCCAGCGCUUCUCAACAGCACCUCCAACCAACUCUACCUGCACUUUUUCUCUGAUAUCAGUGUGUCUGCGGCCGGAUUCAGGCUGGAAUACAAAACUGUGUCUCUGACCAACUGCCCAGAGCCUGUGGUUCCUAUGAACAGCAUCAAAGUCGGCGAGCGUCUCCAGAUGAAUAACGUGGUGUCUUUCCAGUGUGAACCUGGAUACACUCUACAGGGGAACUCGCACAUCACCUGUAUGCCUGGAACCGUGAGGCGAUGGAACUACCCUCCUCCUCUCUGCAUCGCGCAAUGUGGCGGAAUCCGUGAGGAGAUGGAGGGCAUGAUUCUCAGUCCUGGUUUCCCUGGCAACUACCCUAGCAACAGCGACUGCACCUGGAGAAUCUACCUGCCAGUUGGUUUCGGAGCCCACCUUCAGUUCCUCAACUUCUCCACCGAGGCCAACCAUGAUUUCCUUGAGAUACGCAACGGGCCCCUCGAUACGAGCGCUGUGAUUGGCAGAUUCAGCGGCCAGGACAUUCCCGCCUCCCUCCUCACCACCUCCCACGAGACCUCAGUAUAUUACCAUAGCGACCACUCGCAGAACAAACCGGGAUUCAGGUUCGAGUACCAGGCGUAUGAGCUACAGGAGUGUCUCGAUCCGGAGCCUUUCCGCUACGGGGUGGUGGUGGGCGCCGGCUUCAACGUGGGCCAGUCCAUCUCCUUUGAGUGUCUGCCUGGGUAUCAACUCAUGGGUCAUUCCAUCCUCACCUGCGAACAUGGCACCACCCGCAACUGGGAUCACCCUUUCCCUCGCUGCGAAGUGCCCUGUGGUGUGAACAUCACGUCCGACAACGGGACCAUCUUCUCCCCGGGGUACCCGGAGGAGUAUCCGAGUUCAGCCGACUGCUCUUGGCUGAUCACCGUGUCAUCUGGCUUUGGCAUCAAACUCAACUUCACCCUGCUGCAGGUUCAUGGGCCACAUGACUUCCUCACUGUCUGGGAUGGGCCACAGGAGACAGCCAGGAAACUAGGGGUGUUUACGGACGGCGAGCCCAACGACCCGCCAAGCAGCACGUCCAAUCAGGUGCUGAUACGUUUCCGGAGUAACACAGAGAAGGGGGGGCUGUUCCGCAUCGGCUAUCAAGCGUACAGACUGCAGUACUGCCUGCCUCCCCCUAUCAUCCCUAACGCGGAGAUCCUGAUGGCCAGCAAAGAGUUUAAAAUUGGUGACAUUGUGCGCUACAGAUGUAUUCCAGGCUACCAGUUAAGCGGAAAUAGCAUCCUGACCUGCCGGUUGGGGACCUACUUGGAGUUUGAGGGGCCUCCGCCCUCAUGUGAUGUGACGUGUCCCAUGAACGAGGUCCUCACAGCUUCCACGGGAGUCAUCAUGAGCCAGUCCCCGGGCAACGGGUUCCCCCAUUUCGAGUCCUGCUCCUGGGUGGUCAAAGUAGAACCAGGCUACAAUAUCACCUUCACCAUUGAACACUUCCAGACCAGCCGUCAGUUUGACGAGCUUGAGAUCUUCGACGGCCCGUCCCGGCAGAGCACCCUCCUCAUCACCCUCAGUGGUAACUACUCCAGUCCGCUCAGCAUCACCAGCUCCAGUAACAAGGUCUACCUGCACUGGUCCUUCGAUCACACCACCAGUCACAAGGGCUUCCGGAUACGCUACUCAGCGGCUUACUGCAGCCCUCCAAGCAACCCCCUGAACGGCACGAUGCACAGCCUGACAGGCACGAAGCUGGGCAGCACACUGCGUUUCACCUGUGACCAGGGCUUCCGGCUUAUUGGCCAGAGCAGCGCCACGUGCACCCGCAGCCCACAGGGGAUUUACCAGUGGAACGCUCCAGUGCCGCUGUGCCAAGUCAUGUCCUGUGGAAUGCCAGUGCCUCCGGUCAAUGGCAGCGUCGUUGGCCAGGACUUCUCUCUCGGAGCCACAGCCACUUACCAGUGUAACCCGGGGUUCCUGCUCGCCGGGCCAGUCACCACCUCAGUGGUCUGUCAGGAAUUUGGGAGGUGGAGCCCGAUUGAGGCCCCACCCAGAUGUAUACCCGUGACUUGCCCCGACAUCGGCCACUCCGCUGUGGAGCAUGGGAGAUGGAGACUGAUCUACGGAACUCAAAACCAAUACGACGCCAUUAUGAUGCUCAUAUGUGACCCAGGAUAUUACUACAGGGGUCAAAGGGUCAUUCGCUGCCAAGCCAACAGCACCUGGAACUACCCGGAUCCACGCCCAGUCUGUGGCAUCAUCUCCUGCGGUGAUCUUGGGACUCCACCGAACGGCAACAAGAUUGGAACGCUGACUGUGUAUGGAGCCACUGCCAUCUUCUCCUGCAACACAGGUUAUACCUUGGUGGGCUCCCGGGUACGAGAGUGUAUGUCAAACGGGCUUUGGAGCGGAACCCAGGUCCAAUGUCUCGCUGGGCAUUGUGGCUCCCCGGAGCCCAUAGUGAACGGGCAGAUCAAUGGAGAGAACUACAACUAUCGAGGCAGCGUUGUGUACCAGUGCAAUCCAGGAUUUCGUCUCAUCGGGGUGUCGGUGCGAAUCUGUGAACAGGAUCACCGCUGGUCAGGACGCACUCCUGUCUGCGUCCCUAUUACAUGCGGGCAUCCUGGCAACCCUACCUUCGGCAUGACCCAAGGAAACCAAUUCAACUUGAAUGACGCCGUGCGCUUUGUCUGCAACACCGGAUAUGUUCUGCAGGGGGCGGUAAAAUCUGCCUGCCAGGGCAACGGGCAGUGGAGUAACACCCUCCCCAGGUGUAAAAUUGUGAACUGCACGGAGCCGGGCAACGUAGAGAGCAGCGUUAGGCAGUUACUGUCCAGCGGGCCGCAUCGCUACAGCUUCCAGACCACGGUGUCGUACCGCUGCAACCCAGGCUACUACCUGCUGGGCACCAGCUCCAUCUCCUGUCAGGGGGACGGAACGUGGGACCGCUCCCUUCCCAAGUGCCUGUUGGUGCUGUGUGACCGCCCCAGCAUGCCACCUUACGCCCAGAUCUCCGGCGACCGUCGGACAGUAGGCUCAGUCAUCCGGUACAGCUGCAUCGGCCAGCGCACCAUCAUCGGCAACACAACGCGAAUGUGCCAGCUGGACGGCCAGUGGAGCGGCUCGCCGCCACACUGCUCUGGAGAAUCCACCGGGCUGUGUGGAGAUCCAGGUGUUCCUGUGCAUGGUAUCCGUCUGGGAGAAGAGUUCACGGUGGGGAGUGCCGUGCGCUUCAGCUGUGAGCCCGGCUUCAUGCUGAAGGGUUCCCCGGAGAGAACCUGUCUGGCCAAUGGAACCUGGCUCGGAACCCAACCUGAGUGUCAUGUUAUCUCCUGUGGAAACCCUGGAACUCCACGGAACUCCCAGAUUCUGAUCCACGACGGCCUGACAUUUUCCAGAUCCAUCACUUACGCUUGCAGAGAUGGGUAUUACUCUACCGGCCUGCUCUCCCGACACUGCACCGUAAACGGCACCUGGACCGGGAACAUGCCUGAGUGCUCAGUAAUCAACUGCGGUGAUCCUGGAGUACCAGCCAAUGGGGUGAGGGUAGGGAACGACUUCACGUUCAACCGAACAGUCAGUUUCCAGUGCUCUCCUGGUUUCACCAUGGACGCCGACCGGGCCUCCACCCUCAUCUGCACCAAGGAUCGCACCUGGAACGGCACGAAACCACAGUGCAAAGCGAUCGUCUGCGGCGCACCCCCCACCAUCCCCAACGGACAGGUCGUGGGUACCGAUUUCAUCUGGGGCUCCAGCAUCAGCUACGCCUGCAACCAAGGUUACCAGCUGUCCCUGCCUACCGUGUUAACAUGCCAGGGCACCGGCAACUGGAGCGGGGAGAAGCCGCAGUGCUUCCCUGUGUUCUGUGGAGACCCAGGGAUGCCAGCCCAGGGAAAGAGAGAGGACCGAGGUUUCACCUACCUCUCCUCGGUCUCCUUCUCUUGCUACCCGCCUCUUGUCCUGGUGGGCUCUACCAGGAGAUACUGCCAGUAUGACGGCACAUGGAGUGGCACACAACCCUCUUGCAUAGAUCCCACACACACAACCUGUGGAGACCCUAGCGCUCCUCUCUUUGGAAAUCAGAACAACAGUCAAGGCUACCAGAUCAGCAGCACUGUGUUCUUCAGCUGCAGGAAGGGCUACUUACUGCAGGGCUCCAUUUCCCGCACGUGUCUGCCCAACCUCACCUGGAGUGGUUUUCAACCCGAGUGCAUUGCCCACCACUGCAGCCAACCAGAGCUGCCGGCCCAGGCUGAUGUGAGAGCCAUUGAACUGCCAUCUCUUGGCUACACGCUCAUCUAUACAUGUCAGCCGGGUUUUUACUUGGCCGGAGGAUCAGAGCACAGGACAUGCAGGUCUGAUGGGAGCUGGACAGGAAAACAACCUCUGUGUGCAGCUGAUAACCGCCCAAGUGGUAAGAGCCCAGUGGGGACAGUACAGGAGCCACCCUCCAAAUUACCAGUCCCUGGUGGAGUAUUUGCGAAGAACUCUCUGUGGAGGGGAUCCUACGAGUACCUGGGGAAGAAGCAGCCGGCCAUGCUCAGCAUAACUGCCUUCGAGCCCUUUAGCAACCGCGUUAACGGGACACUCAUCGACCACAGCGGAGUGGAACUCAAACUGGCAGGUACAUAUAAGAAGGAGGAGGCUCAGCUGCUGCUGCAGAUCCACCAGAUCCGAGGCCCCGUGGAGAUAUUCGUCAACAAGUUCAAAAUAGACAACUGGGCCCUGGACGGACAUGUGUCCUACAUCCCCUCAUCCAACUCCUUUGUGUACCAGGGAUUUGUCAGAGGCAAAAGCUUUGGCCAGUUCGGUCUCCAGAGGCUGGAGAGUAUAGAUCCCAACAGAGAAAUCCCAAACUACAACUUUGCCUCCAACAGCAGUUCAGUGGCGGCAGCCAUCCUAGUGCCUUUUAUAGCUAUGAUCAUUGCAGGCUUCGCUCUGUACCUCUACAAACACAGAAGAAGACCCAAAGUCCCCUUCAACGGUUACGUGGGCCAUGAGAACACUAAUGGACGAGCUACGUUCGAGAACCCCAUGUACGACCGUAACAUCCAACCCACGGACAUCUUGGCCAGUGAGACAGAGUUCACAGUCAGCACAGUGUGCACAGCUGUAUAG